AUUUUCAGAAGUAUUCGCAUAUCUCGAAAUCAUUUUUGGACAAUGUACCAAAAGACACUGCUUUUAACAACUGUGACAGCCCUUCAUGUUGCUGCACAUAAAUUUGGUUAUGGUAAAGAGGAUGGGCCGAGCAAAUGGCGAGGCGUAUGUCAAACUGGGAAACGUCAGUCACCUGUAGACAUUAGAGCAUUUGAAAUAGAAGUUGCACCUUUAGAUCCUUUACUGUUUUUGAACUAUGAGCUUACCGGUCAUAUUCACCUAGCAAAUAACGGACAUACUGUAAUUGGUUCUGGUUUUGAAACGUGGGGUCAGGAACGACCGCAUAUUUCUGGAGGUGGUCUCAAUGGUACCUACCAGCUGUCACAGUUUCACUUUCAUUGGUCGCAACAAAAUGAUACUGGCAGUGAGCAUACCAUUGCUUCGUUGCAUUAUCCUGGCGAGCUACACUUGGUGCAUAUCAAGAAAGAUCCGUCUCCAGAAGAAGUGAACACCAUUGCUGUCGUCGCUGUAUUUAUAAGACUUGAUGAUCAUGUUGGAUCAUUGCAUAGUCUUAAACCUUAUAUCCAAAAUAUCAGAAUGCCAAAGACCGAGCUUGUGGUACCUGGUUUUAGUGUCAACUCAUUGCUUCCAGAACAUAGGGAAAAUUUCUACAGGUAUGAAGGGUCACUGACAACGCCUGGUUGUGAUGAAGCUGUAGUAUGGACACUAAUGGCGGAUCCUAUCAUGGCCACUCCAUCACAAAUACGAGCAUUUCGUGAGGUGCAAUUUGCAUCCGGAAAUCCUGGACACAAUUGGCGUCCAACACAACCACUGAAUGGUCGUAAAAUACUAUUUCGUCCUACAAUUACUCUUCGACGUACGAGUGGGGGUGUUUUGUUGAAGCCAGUUUCCAAAGUGCUUUUAAUUAUUUGGCUCUACGGAAUAUAUCAUAUUUUUUUGAUCUUUUAGUGUAUUUCCGAUAUUCUGUUGAAAUUAAGAUCUGCGCUCUUUCUGCAUAACUCCUUCAUAGCUAUUAUUGUCUUUCAUAGUUAUUUAAUUUCCACUGAGCUCAAGUUCAUUCUUUUUCUGUCAACCUGAAUCUCAUCCUUGAAUCGCCAGACACAUUAACGCUUCUUGUUAAUAUGAGCUCUAUAAUUUAUGUCAAUUCAAGAAUUCGAAUGGAAAUUAAAGCAAUAAAUAAAUUGACG